UCAUCUGGGAAAUCCUUAGUGAGCUUUUCAUUUCUCCAAAUAUUUCUUCCUGGGUCCACGGCCAACAGAAGCCUUGAUAUUCCUUUGCCUGAGAGGCCAUUUAUAUCUCUGGUUUGCAUUAGAAUUCAGUCAAGUCUUUCAGUCAGCAAAGGGGCACCAGUUACACACUGAAAAAUAAGUCCAGUCCAGCAUGGGUGUACGGGCACGAGUUCUUCUCUGCUGGCUUCAGGUUCUUUGUGCUGUCGUGUUUGGUGAUGUUUGGAAGGUACAGGUAGAGUCUGAAAUGGAUGCUCUGGUCUCAUCUUGUGUCGUGUUGCCCUGUUCCUUCAAAUACCCUCCUCAACAACAGCCCUCCAGUCGUACUAAAGGCAUGUGGCACAUGAAGGGCAAAUGGGAAGAUUACAUCUAUCACAAUGAUCCUACAAGGGUUCUAGACAAUUUCAAGGGUCGUACUAAACUGAUUGGUUCACUGGGUAAAUCAAACUGCUCCUUGGAGAUUGAUGAUGUCAAAAACCACGACAACGGCCCAUAUUGUUUCAGGGUGGAAUUAGAGACAUCUAAAACUGACAAGUUUUCCUUUGUGGGUAACUGUGUGACAAUUAAAAUGAUUGAGAAAGCAUCAAAACCAGAGUUGCAGGCUGAGACGUAUGUGGAAGAAGGUCAACCUACAAUCUUCAAAUGCUCUGUCCGUCACACCUGUCCGUCCCAUCAGCCCACUCUCAGCUGGAACCACCCUGGAAAAACCAUCGUGAGCUACAAGCACAUUGAUCAUGGAAAAUGGGAAGCAGAGUCUCUCCUUACCUUCACCCCAACAAAAGAGGAUGACCACUCCUCUAUCACAUGCACAGUCAAGUACCAUGGGGAUGUUGAGGGUGAAAUGGAAGCCACUCACCCUAUCUUUGUGAAAGAACAAGCAACUCUCAGCCACAUUCUCAUACCAGCCAUCUCUGGUCUUGGAGCUGCUCUUUUGGUUGGAUUACUGUGUUUUUUCGUUGUCAAGAGAUACAAGAAGCGCAUUGCGGAUCUCCAAUCCAGAAAUGACAAUGGAAUAUGGAGUCGACUAUCAAGAAUGUCUCGCAGGUUUCGUUCAGGAGAAGGCAGCAGUGGCCCAGGUGGCAGAGAGCAGAGGAGGUCUGUUUGGAGUAGAUUUUCAAGGAGAGGCCAAGGGCAUCAAAUUGACAGGGAUUUUGACAAAAGGGCAAACAAUGUAUGUACAGUGUCAGGAAACAAGGCUUUCGACAAACCUCGUAUGCCGUCACCAAAGAGCAAGGCCAAAUGCUCUGGUGAUGGUUUUGAUGAUGAUUACACCAACACGGCAGACCUCAACUUGUAUGGAAAUAUCUGAUGAAAAUGCCAUCCCAAAUGAACACAGUAGACUUCACAUCAACAUCUUCUGUCAGAGAUCCUGAGAGCAGGCAGUCCUGUUAUUAACCAAAAAUUGAAUGUUGCAUUUUAAGCCGGGCUUAAUUGCCUAAACAUGUUUGCAUUCAGGACCAUAUUACUGUAUUUACAUACUUUGUUAUGAUGCUUAGGCUACACCGCUCAUACACUGUACACAUUGCACCACAGCAUGAACAUAUAGAACAUAACCGAUUAUUUUGAAUUCGAUUGUCUUUUGUCUAAAAAGUUAUACUGUAUAGGGUUCUGUCAGGUGCUUACCUUUUAGAGGUUCCCAUCAGUGGAUCAUUUUUUGGACUUGAAAAAAUGAAUAAAAUAAAAUGAAUUAAACAGCUCACAAACAUACAUUAUCACCAUUGAAAUAACCCAUUAAUCAUGAAAGUAUUAUCCAAUCAUUUAAGUUAUUCCUUACUUAGAACCUUUUUUGGGAUUAAGAGUUAGGUUCGACAUUAUUAAUAUACACAAGUCAUAUAGAACUAAAAUACUUUUUUAAUGUGUGAGAGACAUUUAGCUGAACUGUAGCUAAAAGUUAAUAUUAUUUUUGUGUUUAUUUUCAUUUUUGAGAUAAUUUGCAGACCCCAUGUAACUUGACCCCCAUUAACACUGUUGACCAAAAAUACUCAAAUGUAAAUAGCAUCUUGAUGUUGUUUGUACCAUACAGUUUAUUAAAAGUUUAAUAAAGUGCACUGCAAUUCA